GUAAUUAAAAUGUGCUCGCACCGUUUUGUAGAGGGUCUGCGCGAGGGAUUCUUCAUUCAUAAAACAUGCGCAGAACACUGCAUUGCUACAAAAUCAACUUCAGACUGUUUUAGCUCCGGUUAGAAACUACAUAUAUAUUUUUGCACGGCUUUUUCCCUGAGUAAAUGUCGUUUAUUUGUGUUAAUAUGUGAAUAUAUUUAGUGAAUAUAAAGUGGAAAUGUUCAUAUGAUUAAAAUUAGUUUAUGAGGUAGCAGACAAACGCAUAUCAUGGACAACGAGCAGCCUCACCAGGAAUUGGUGAAAUGCGUGGUGGUCGGCGAUACGGCUGUGGGCAAGACGCGGCUGAUCUGCGCCCGCGCAUGCAACAAACACGUGUCUCUGUCGCAGCUCAUGACCACGCACGUCCCCACUGUGUGGGCCAUAGAUCAAUAUAGGAUUUACAAAGAUGUCCUUGAACGAUCUUGGGAAGUGGUUGAUGGUGUGAACGUGUCACUAAGGUUGUGGGACACUUUUGGUGAUCAUGAAAAGGACAGAAGAUUUGCUUAUGGAAGAUCGGAUGUUGUUUUAUUGUGUUUUUCUAUUACCAAUCCGAUAUCGUUAAGAAAUUGUGGUGCCAUGUGGUAUCCCGAAAUCAGGCGAUUCUGUCCAAACACUCCAGUGCUACUUGUCGGAUGUAAGAAUGACCUCCGCUAUAUGUACAGAGAUGAGACAUAUUUGAACUACUGCAAAGAUCGCAGUCCAUUUAUCAGGGCUCCAAGAAAAAGCGACUUGGUAAUGCCAGAUCAAGGGCGGGCGUUAGCGCACGAGUUCGGUAUAUACUACUAUGAGACAUCAGUGUUCACAUACUACGGUGUUAACGAAGUGUUUGAGAAUGCGAUCCGCGCGGCCCUUAUAGCUCGCAGGCAGCAGAGGUUUUGGAUGACUAACUUGAAGCGAGUGCAGCGGCCGUUGUUGCAGGCCCCUUUCAGACCCCCGAGACCUAUGGAACCAGAAGUGGUGACAGUGAACAGCGUUUAUUUAGAAAAUAUGACGACAUUACUACGUCAACAGUAUUUCUCUGAUAUGGUGAUAAUCUGUGGUGCGAAAGGUUUCCCAGUGCACAGGUUCAUGUUGGCGGCGGCGUGUGAGGCUUUCCAUCGUCUGCUUACUACAGAUUGUGUCAGUUUGUCAGCCGAGCUGGCUCGUAGCUCCAGCGAGAGUAGUAUGGUUAGCAGUAUGGGUGAAGCGACAACAGGUGAUUUUAAUGAAGACACCGAAUAUUUGAUUAGACAGGACCAAGCGAAGCAGAUGAGAGUAUGGGAUCAGAUAAAGCGACGCUCCUCCUGUCAGAUCUUACCACUCAGUGACAGUUGCAAGAAGCCACCCGAUCUAUACAGAGAAGUGAACCAUCCCGCAAUUAACUCUAUUAGAGUUGUUAAGUGCGACAAAAUACAACACGCGACCUCACAAACUCAAACUAUAGUAACAAUGAGCAAGUUAAUAUCACAAAAUGUGAUGCAAGAAAUUAUUAACUUUAUUUACACGGGGACUUUGGACAGUAGUGCAUUUAAACAACAGUCCGCUGCGAUUGGAUUACUACUGGAGAUUCGUCAAGCGGCAGAACUCCUCGGCUUCCAUGAGCUGAGCAAACUAAGCCAGUUUAUACUGGACCAGCAUCUUCUAUUUGAUAAAGGAUUUAUGCUGCAAUUUCAUACGUCAUUUCCGCAAAGAUUGCGUGAAAUGUGCGUAGAACGUAACCUGUUCGCUGACGUCACUUUUGACUUGGACGACGGGAUACAUUUGGCGCACCGCGCGGCACUCAUGGCCCGAUGUGAUCCAAUGAAGGCUAUGUUCCAAGGACAUUUCAGGGAGAGUACAUCCAGAGUGAUCUCAUUCCCCGGCGUUAAAAUGUACGCGUUCCAAAUCCUCCUCUGCUACAUAUACUCUGACAAGAUACCGUCAGUGGAGCCGACUCGGUGCCUCGAACUAUUGGAACUGGCUAAUCGUCUCUGUAUGAACCGCCUCGUUAACCUCAUAGAAGCCAGGGUCAUUGAGCAUCUGCAGCAUCAAGACAGGGUCUGCGGCGAAGAGGAUCAAGUAGUGGAGAUAUGCUUGUCCUUGUUGGAGCCUGUUAAGUUGCACAAUGCGCACAGUCUGGCUGAGUGGUGUACAUGGAGGCUGUGCGGUGCGUACGACCGCGUGUGUCGCGCGCGACAUCUCAGUCAGUCCUCGAGGGAAUAUUUAGCAGAUAACCGCUGGCCACCUGUCUGGUAUGUGAAGGAAUAUGACUACUAUCAGAAAUGUCUGAACGAGCAGUCCAAAGAACAGAAAGAAAUCAGACCAACAACAUCGCUUCAAGCGAAUCAGCAGACUGGUUGCCUUUGUUUUACCAGUAAAGUACGUCGUGAAAGCGCGGAGGCGGGCGUGCUGCCGGACGCGAGCACGGCGCUGUGCCGCAGCGAGCCGCAACCCAACCCGCCGCUCUGACGUACGCCUUUCUGGAGGUCUCUCCGUUUCGCGGUUCUCGUGCCGGUGUCGAUGUGCUUCAUGAGUACGAUACUGACCAUUCUGUUGCUGUUCCACGUCUACACAUAACUCUCUAACACAUCACAUAGUGACACUCACAUAGAUCGCACUUGAUUUAUAUAUGAAAUUGUGACAGUGUU